AUGGAGAGCCAUGAAAUCAACACUGAUUUUUCCAAGAUGUGGAACCCCUACUCAUGCUGGGAUGAAGUAGAGAAACCAGCCCUUGGUAAAUGUGCAAGAACCAGAUCCAUCCUUAUUUCCUUUCUCAAGGUCCCCUUGAUGUUUGCCUUUUUAUACCUGUUUGUGUGCUCUCUUGAUGUGCUAAGCUCUGCUUUCCAGCUGGCAGGAGGUAAAGUAGCUGGAGAUAUUUUCAAGGACAAUGCUAUCCUCUCCAACCCAGUGGCAGGGCUUGUGGUAGGAGUCCUUGUUACUGUCCUUGUACAGAGUUCCAGCACCUCCACCUCCAUCAUUGUGAGCAUGGUUUCCUCAGGAUUGCUGGAGGUAGGUUCAGCCAUCCCCAUCAUCAUGGGCUCCAAUAUAGGGACCUCAGUCACCAACACCAUUGUGGCACUUAUGCAAGCUGGCGACAGAAAUGAAUUUAAGAGGGCCUUUGCAGGGGCCACCGUGCAUGACUGCUUCAAUUGGUUGUCAGUACUGAUUCUGCUGCCUCUGGAAGUGGCCAGUGGCUAUCUGCACCACAUCACCAAAGUUUCCGUGGCAUCUCUCAACCUGCGCAGUGGACGGGAUGCUCCAGAGCUUCUGAAAGUAAUCACGGAGCCCUUCACUGGCCUUAUUGUCCAGCUGGAUAAGUCAGUGAUCACAGGGAUUGCCACAGGCAAUGAAAGCUUGCACAACAAAAGUCUGAUUCGGAUGUGGUGUGAAGCGCCAGCUCCACAGAUUCCUUCAGCAGGCACAAGAGGAAGAUCCCUAAACUGCAGCUCCCUUAUACCAAACAGUCUGGAAAGUGCUGGAAACUUCAGCAGUGCCAUGACACAGAAAUGCAAUCACCUGUUUGUGGACUCCUCUCUGCCAGACUUGGCUGUGGGACUCAUGUUGCUGGCUGGAUCCCUGACUGUACUGUGCACCUGUCUUAUGAUGUUGGUCAAACUGUUGAACUCUGUGCUCAAAGGCCAGGUGGCCAGCGCUAUCCAGAAGGUCAUUAACACAGAUCUUCCAUCACCUUUUGGAUGGGCCACCGGUUACUUUGCCAUGCUUGUUGGUGCUGGGAUGACGUUUGUUAUGCAAAGUAGCUCUGUCUUCACUUCAGCAAUUACCCCUCUCAUAGGUCUUGGGGUGAUCAGCUUAGAACGUGCGUAUCCCCUGACCCUGGGUUCUAACAUUGGAACUACAACCACGGCUAUCUUAGCAGCCCUGGCCAGUCCAGGGGAUAAAUUGGCCAGUGCCUUGCAGAUUGCUCUCUGCCACUUCUUCUUCAACAUCUCUGGGAUUCUGCUGUGGUAUCCCCUGCCUUGUACUCGCCUCCCAAUCCGCAUGGCUGAAGCAUUAGGUGAGCAGACAGCCAAGUAUCGCUGGUUUGCUGUCUUCUACCUGAUUAUCUGCUUCCUCUUGUUGCCGUCGCUGGUUUUCGGACUCUCUGUGGCAGGAUGGCAGGUGCUGGUAGGCGUGGGAGCUCCGUUCCUGAUUCUUCUAGCUUGUGUGGCCUUUAUCAACAUCAUGCAGUCACAGAGCCCUGACCGGCUGCCCAGGUGGCUUCAGAAUUGGGACUUCUUGCCGUACUGGCUUCACUCUUUGGAGCCCUUGGAUGGGCUAAUGACCAGAGCCACAGCGUGUUGUGCUGCUCAUUGUUCGGGUAGCCAAGAGGAAUGUAAAAAGAAAUCGCCAGGAGUUAAGAUCAGAAGAGGCUUGCCGAAGCCUUCUGUUGUCUUCUUAGAGGAAUGGUCCCCGCCACCAAGACUCUCACCCCAGCUGAACAUCCUGCCAGUGCAGCAUGCUAGCCGCCUGUGA